AUGCUGCGCCAGGCUAUUCAAGGAGCCCGAUGGUGUCAGCAUGUCGCUCGCAGCUCAGCGACACGCGCUCCACGCCGGGCCUUCUCCGCCGUAUCUCCGCGACGUCUUGAUUUUGGCGGACCGAACGACAAAGUGAAUUUCUACGAGCUGGAUUCUCCCAAAGGCACCCGACGAAAAGUGGACCCCGAGGCAGGAGAUAAUGCAGAACGAGAGGAUAUCGCGAAAGAGCUUGCGGGGCUCAAGGAUGAAUUAAAGGUUCUGGAAGAGGGACCUUUCCACCCCGACCGCCCUUUCAUGCAGAGCUUGUCAGAAGAGAACAGAAAGAUCGCCCUGGAAGCUCUACGAAAAUUCGAUGAAGAAAACCCCGUGCCCGCAGAUCAACCCACACUGGACGAGGUUUUCGAUGAGGAACUUGACGAGAUGCUACGGGAGGGAUUCGAAGGUCUCGCCAACGAGGAAGCGAAUUGGGAGGAUAGCGCCAAAUCAAAAAAGCUUCUAGCUGCGAAAAAAGCUGCUGCUGCGAAGCGAGCGGGGGCUGACUCCCAUCCAUAUGCCGUCAGGUUCAGGACCGCCCUAAUUCGGUUCGAAUCGAAGACGUCAGACGAACGGGCGCGACUAAAUCUGUGGAAGUGGUACAGACGAUGCAAGCAGGCUAUUCCGGGAUUUUUGACCAUAAUGCCAGUGGGGACACUUGACGCGGUUUGGAAAGCGCAAGCAUCGGGAGAGGCUGAUGCAAUUUUGCGCUCAACACAUAUGCAACUUUUGGUUCAUGAUGCCAGAUCGAUCGGACACGAGCUCAGCACGCCCCAGAUUCUGUUCUAUAUUGCAUCCCUACAUGACGCCAGCGCCACCAGUCUUGCGUUAGAACAAUGGGAAGCAUACCAGGCCGAGUUGUCUCAAAAGAAACAGGAUUUAGAGCAAUACUGGAAACUUGGUGUGCGUUUGUUUGCAGCAGAUCAAAACCCUCAGAGGGCCCAGGAUAUUGCCUUGGCAUUUUUGGCCAACGAUAAAACUCGCCAGCCGCGGGUCCUCAUUCCAGUCAUUUUAGCAUGGGGAAACUUGCCUGGGAAGGAGGCCGAAGUGAAGGCCUGGGCACUUUACCUGCAGUUGAAAACAUUCCUUGGCUCGGAAAUGACUAUGGAGGACUAUGACAAGAUCAGCAUUGGCCUACUUGCCGCAGGUCGCUUGGAUACUGCCGUCGCAAUCUUCAAGGAUAUGAUGGUUACAGGGCAAGAUCCGGCCAAUGACUCGACUGCUCUUUACAAGUCUGCGUUGGGUCUGGCCGGUAACCUUCAUGCGUCUAGCAUCGACGAGAAGGCUGUCAACAAAGUUUCCCUGUCUGUGCUGAAGUUACUACCACGUCGGUUCCAGAAUCGGUUCUUCUAUGCCAGUUGGAUGAAGAAGCUCAUUGGCAUGGGUGAAGUCGACUCAGCAGCACUGGUCAUUGAGCUCAUGUAUGAGCGUGGCGUGAAACCUGAUAGCAAGCAUUUGAAUGGAAUCAUCGCGGGCUGGCUCCGCGAUGGAAGCACAACUGCACGCGAAAAAGCAGAGCGACUCGCUUGGGCGAUGAUUCAGCACCGCAUUGAUUCCGCCUGGAAACGAUUCCAACCCGGCGGCAUCUCCCCGCGCCUUGAAAUCGCGCAUGACUCAGAAGUCCGUUUGCCUCGUUUCAUGCAGAGACAAGUACCGCCUGCGACCAUCGAAACCUUCUCCAUCCUCCUCUUACAUUACACUCGCCGCGGUGAUGACGACAUGGUCAAAUAUCUGAUCAAGUGUCUCGGAGACGCUCAGAUCAAACCAAACUCCUACUUCAUGAAUCAUCUCCUGUACGCAGAACUUCGCAAACAAGAUGUGCGGUCCCUCUGGACCAAAUUCCAAAGUUUGUCUGCCGCCAUUCGACCCGACCUGGAAACCUACGCUUGUCUUUGGGACUGCGCCAAGCUUCAAUACGACCGCGGACGCACUGCAUUUGACAUAGGCUUCCCAACAGCACGUCAGCUUUAUUCUAACAUGGUCUCUUGGUACUCUCAAUUAUCUCCCAGCAGCCAAAAAGCCACACGAGAACAGAUGCCCAAAGAACUGUACGACCAAAUCGUGCGCUGUUUCUGUCUUUCAAAAGAUGUCUCUGGUACACUGGUCGCCAUCCACUCAAUGAACUCCAUCUUUGGCUUCGCACCGGACGACACCACCGCCCGCCUGAUCAUAGUCCAAGUUGCACGCCUAGCUGCGGUACCAGCCGAAACCCCCAAACGACGUCUCCGUCGAUUGUCUUCAACGCCGCGAAGCAAGGAAAACAUCGGCCAAGUCAGCCGAUUGUUGGAGAUUCUGAAUGACCGGAAGGCUGAGAGUUUGCGAGUGCAGGGACUAAGUGUUGAUCAGUUGGAUCCCGAGGAAAUGAAGCAAUAUCAACUGGAGAUUAUGGGUAGCAUGCUUCGCGUCGUGUUAAGCCGAACUGAUGCUUUGGACCCAGACCAGAUUGAGGACAAGCUCGAGGCAGUAGCGAAGGAAAUGAAGGUUGGGCAGCUUGACCUGGGAUCCCCUUUGGGAAUGUACGAUAGCAAGCUUCUUUGA